CCACAAGACGCAAGCAGUUCUGUUUAUUAACCGCUAGAGCGUCAAAAGUUCCCUACCGCAGCUUUAAUGACAGAAUUUUCAUUUUGGAGGGAAUUAUCACCUUUAAUGGAUGUUUUAUUAAAAUGGUAAUAUGAAAUUAUGAAGAAACUUAAACUGCCAGUAUGUGGCAGUAAAUAUAAUAAGAAGGCUGUGUCUGAAAUCGCAUGCUUCACUACUAGACUAUACAGUAUGCAACACAAUAAAUUCACAGUACUCAUAAAAGAGUAGACAAAAGUACUCAGAUGUGACCUACUGCUUUGAUCCAUGUUUAUUGUUUUGAAAGUUAUGAAUAAAGGUGAAACGACUCCCCACCAGCACAAACAAUCUCUGUAAUAAGCUCUUUCUCAAUCAGAUUUGAUACUGUAAUGUUUUUACUGUAAACACAUGAUGCAAACACAGUUCUGGGUUGGUUAGCUGGUGUCAUGGUUGUAAGCUUGUCUAAUCACAGGAGAUGAUUCAGUCAGACACCAACACAAUUAGCUCUAAUCUGUUUUCUUGAAAGCUUGACCACACUCGCACCAUUAGCACACAGAGUCUAGUUCUAGAAUAAGACUGAACGUUCAGCUUCACAAACGGUUGGAAAUGGAGGCGAAGUGGAUGAUUAUAUUGUUCUGGACAUGCUGGAGUUUCUGUGCUGCUGUCAAUGAGUUUUACUCUUCCACAGGUUAGUGUGUUGUACUGCAAUAAGAUGAUAAAACAAGAACACUUUCCUAUUUAACCAUAUUUGUUUUUGUGGAAGUGCUACAAUACCUGUUUUGAAAUGAAAUGCUGUCUGCAGAUCAUAUGACGCUGCUUAUUGACAUCAAAACCCAGUUUGCCAAGAGUCUUGAUGAAUCUGUGGAAGCACUGGAGAGCCAAGCAGAUCUUCUGAGAGAGGCUCUGAAUGCACUUGAGGAUGACUUUGAUGACACUCCCAGAGAUCCGGAGAAAUUCAUCAGCAACCCUCUCGCAGCGUUUCAGCUCGUCCGAAAACUGAGUCAAGCCAGGGAACUUAUCGAAGGAAGACCUGCCAAAGACACGUUGGAAAGCCUGAGAUCUGCAGCUCAGACUCUCCCCAGAGCAGAAGAUGUAGACGGUGUGGUGACGGCUUUGGUUAGACUUCAAGAAAUGUACAGAUUAGAUCCGAGGAACAUCUCUUUAUUUUCUGAAAUGAACCACAACGUAACACUGGAUCCAGAUGAAACUUUCCAUAUCGCCAUGAUCUCCUCUCUCAAUCAGCGCUUGCAGUACGCCGUCCUCUGGAUGGAGGAAACCCUCAGGAAACUCAAUGAGGGGGAAGAAGCUGGCGUUACUAAAGAAGAGGUGAUUUAUCAGCUUGCAUCGCUGUCCCAUCAGCUGUCAAGUGGGCAAGAAGCCACUGAGAGAAACCUGCUUCGGCCUGAACUGUACUCGAGUAUUAAAGAGAGCAUUGAGACACACAUCGCUCAGCUGUCCACGGAUGAAUCGUAUGAGGCUCUGUGCACUGGAUCCAAGCUUAUGAUGACGCCACAAAGAGAGAGAAAGCUGGUGUGCAGGUACAGGACAGGAAGAGGAAACCCCCUGAGGAUGUUCAAAGAGGAAGUGGAGUGGGAUGAGCCUAUGAUCCUGCGAUACCAUGACUUUCUCUCUGAAGGAGAGAUCGACACCAUCAAAACACUGGCCAGGCCAAAGCUUUCCAGAGCUCAAGUCAUAGAUCCAGUGUCUGGAAGAACAGUUUCUGCUGCCUCUCGUGUGUCACAGAGCGCGUGGCUCUCUGAACAGGAAGAUCCCGUGAUCUCUCAGCUCAACCAGAGGAUCGCUGGUGUCUCUGGUCUGGAGCUGGACACCGCUGAGGAGCUCCAGAUCGCUAAUUAUGGAAUUGGAGGCCAGUAUGAGCCACAUUAUGACUCAAAGUUGAGAAAUGACUCAGACUUCCAGCUCAGAGGAGGCCGGAUUGCUACUGUCCUUAUCUAUAUGAGUGAUGUGGACAUCGGUGGAGCCACGGUGUUUCCUGACGUAGGCGCAGCACUUCAGCCGAAGAGAGGCACAGCUGUGUUGUGGUUUAACCUGCUGAGAAACGGACAGGAGGAUGCCAGAACUUUACAUGCAGCGUGUCCUGUGUUUGUAGGCAGUAAGUGGGUUGCCAACAAGUGGAUUCGUGCGCAUGGGCAAGAGUUCAGGAGAAGGUGCUCCACAGCCGAAUCUGAUUAGAAGAGCCAUCCAGCUCAGAGACAAUGACAUGCAUUCACAAUAACUCCAGUGUUUUGUUACUUCAGGUUAUUGUUAUCAUUUGUUUUGUGGUAUAUUUUAUCUGCUUUAUAGAGGCUUGUAACGUUAGUAUUAGUAGUAGUAUUUGAAUUAAAAUGUAUACAUUUUGUAACCAUGUGGGAAAAGUGCAUGAAAUAAAUGGCAAUAACUGUGUAAAAUAAA